CUGCCUUCAACUAUUAGCUGAAAAUCGAAAUUUCACAAUAGCGCACCAUAAAAUCUAAAACAGUUUAUUUUUUAUUUUUAAAGCAUUAACCUGAAACAACUUUGCGCUAUAUGAGGCGGCAACUUUCGGCUCUUCGCAGUAACUCAAUAGUUGUUUCAAAAUUGACAAAGUUUUUAGUAAAAAUAACGGUGCCGCUGUCGUUAUUUAACCUAAAGAAAAUAUUCAGCACAACACAGCCCAACCCCCGCCCGCCCGCCUCCGUAGACACCAAAGAGCAACAUGGCUUUCCGGCUGCUCAGCUCGGCCAGGGCAAUGAAAAGCCUUAUGAAACGCAGCUACACACACGCUCCGCUCACAGACAAGCUGCAGCGCAGCAGCGCAUCCUUUGAGCUGAUGCCGCUCGUGCGCUACAUUGUGGAGCAGCUGCAAUUGUUCUGCAAGAAGCCGCCCAAGGGCUUUGAAAAGUAUUUUGAGGCUGGCGGCAAAUCUGGCAAACCCAAAGCCGCCGCCGAGGCGGACAAGAAGCCGCCGUCGGGCGGCAAACCGCCGACGUCCGGCGGCAGCAGCAAGUCCAAACCACCCGCGAUUAAGCCCAGCACUGCCAGCGAUACCAAAUCGGAUUGGAAUUUCGGCAUGUUCAGCAACAGUUCACGCGGUCCGGGCGCACGCGGCGGCGGCACGCCAGGCGGCCGUCCUCUGGGCGAGGGCGGCGGCGGCGAUCGCGAACGCUGGAUUCUGUUUGGCGCCAUCGGCGCCGUUGUCCUGAUCGGCUCGUUCGCCUUCUUCGAGAUGGGCUACAAGGAGAUCUCCUGGAAGGAGUUUGUCAACAGCUACCUGUCCAAGGGUCUCGUCGAGAAACUGGAGGUGGUCAACAAGAAGUGGGUGCGUGUGCGCCUACAGCCGAGCCAGAGCAGCAGCGGUGUCAUGUGGUUCAACAUUGGCAGCGUUGAUUCCUUUGAGCGCAAUCUGGAGACUGCGCAAACGGAACAGGGCGUCGAGUCCAUCAAUUUUGUGCCCGUCAUCUAUCGCAACGAGGUGGAGGCGUCCAGUUUGACGGGCCUGUUGCCCACGUUGUUGAUAAUUGGUUUUCUCGUUUAUAUGAUGAGAAAAUCGGCGGAUAUGAUGGGGGCCGGACGUGGACGCAAGGGCGGCGGCUUGUUUGGCGGUGUCAUGCAAUCGACGGCCAAGUUAAUUAAUCCCACAGAGAUUGGCAUCGGUUUUAAAGACGUUGCCGGCUGUGAGGAGGCUAAAAUAGAAAUCAUGGAAUUUGUCAACUUUUUGAAGAAUCCGCAACAGUAUAUUGAUCUGGGCGCCAAGAUACCCAAGGGCGCCAUGUUAACCGGCCCGCCCGGCACGGGCAAAACCCUGCUGGCCAAGGCGACGGCUGGCGAGGCGAAUGUACCAUUUAUCACUGUAUCCGGCUCGGAGUUUCUCGAAAUGUUUGUGGGUGUCGGUCCCUCUCGAGUCCGUGACAUGUUCGCCAUGGCGCGCAAGCACGCGCCGUGCAUACUCUUUAUCGAUGAGAUCGAUGCCGUUGGCCGGAAACGUGGCGGCAAAACGUUUGGCGGCCAUUCCGAGCAGGAGAAUACACUGAAUCAGCUGCUGGUCGAAAUGGAUGGCUUUAAUACGACCACGAACGUGGUGGUGCUGGCUGCCACCAAUCGCGUGGACAUUCUGGACAAGGCGCUGAUGCGUCCGGGACGUUUCGAUCGCCAGAUCUAUGUGCCGGCGCCGGAUAUCAAGGGACGCGCGAGCAUCUUUAAGGUGCAUCUGGGCUCACUUAAAACGGACCUCGACAAGAACGCCUUGUCUCGCAAAAUGGCUGCACUGACGCCGGGCUUUACCGGCGCCGACAUUGCCAAUGUGUGCAACGAGGCGGCGCUGAUAGCGGCUCGCGACUCCAAGGACUCGAUUGUGCUGAAGCACUUCGAGCAGGCUAUCGAGCGUGUCAUCGCGGGCAUGGAGAAGAAGACGAAUGUAUUGGCGCCCGAAGAGAAACGAACGGUGGCUCACCAUGAGGCUGGUCAUGCGGUGGCCGGCUGGUUCCUGGAGCACGCCGAUCCGCUGUUAAAGGUUUCGAUAAUACCACGCGGGAAGGGUCUGGGCUAUGCCCAGUAUUUGCCCAAGGAUCACUACUUGCUGUCCAAGGAGCAGCUGUUUGAUCGCAUGUGCAUGACCCUGGGCGGCCGCGUGGCCGAGGAGUUGUUCUUCAAUCGCAUCACCACCGGCGCACAGGAUGAUCUCAAGAAGAUCACAGACAUCGCCUACUCGCAGGUGGUGCGUUUUGGCAUGAACGAAAAGGUGGGCCAGGUCAGUUUCGAUUUGGGCCAAAGCGGCGAUCCCGUGUUCAGCAAGCCCUACUCCGAGGACACCGCCAUGAUGAUCGAUGGCGAGGUGAGGGAUAUCAUUAAGUGCGCGCACACGACCACAACGGAGCUGCUGGUGAAGCACAAGGAGGAUGUGCGUCUCGUUGCGGAGCGUUUGCUGCAAAAUGAGGUGCUCAGUCGCGAUGAUAUGAUUGAGCUGUUGGGACCGCGUCCAUUUAAGGAUAAGUCAACGUACGAGGAAUUUGUAGAGGGCACCGGCUCCUUUGAGGAGGAUACAACGCUGCCCGAGGGUCUGAAGAGCUGGAACAAGGAAAAGGAGGAGCCAGCUGCGACGGACACGACAGACACAACGCCACCGUCGCCGCCCACAAAGCCAGCGACGGCUUCCAGUUAAAUGCGUGCGUUACUUUUGGUUUCUGUUGUUUUUUUUUUUUUUGUUGUAGUCUUAGUCGCAGAUGGUGAAUGAUGUUCGAAUGCUCGGACUCCGACUUGGAACGCUGAAGUUCACGUCCUGCUUUAAAAAUGAACUCAAAUCUUUGCCUUUUCCAACACACCUUGUAAGUGAAAGUAAACGCUAUCUAUCUAUCUUUUUACAACACUUUUCCAACACUA